GCAGCAAAAAGACAUGAGUCUUUAACAAGCUUGAACCUGGAAAGGAAAGCCCGUCUGAGAGAGGAGGCAGCUAUGAAGGCCAAAACAGAGUAGAAGUAUUUGUGCUGGAUUUGGAAAACCUGGGAGUAAGGUUGCUAUAAGAAGCCUGCAAUGGAAAGAAUGUGAUAUGAGAGCCACUUUGCAGACAUACGCUUUGCACAGAUUUAUUCCACUUCCCUAUUUCUGCUAUAAAGGAACAAAUAAAUUUUCUUAAAGAAUGA